GUCCAGAUACUUAUUUUCCUAUGUAAUAUAAUCAUGCGUCCUAUUGAAAGCUACUACUGCGAACUUAGCUCAGCUCUCUCCAUCUACAUAUGGUAAUAAACAGUCAUUCCCGAAAUAUUUAUGCAUUCGAACGUAUCGUGGAGCAAUGGAACGACUAUGGGGGAAUGUCCAGCGGAAGAACGUCAGCCCCAGCAUGUUCUCUACCAGCUAGCGAACAUCUGCUUUAUCAUUUCCUUUCUGGCGCCCGGUGACCCCAAGGGACUGCUGUUCAUGCAUGCACUGCUUAUCUUUGGUUUUCUCUUAUAUUCUGCAUGGGCAUGGAAUAUCAUUUGCGCACCUAAUAUAUUUUCCUGGAACUUUUUCUUUGUGCUGUUGAAUUUGGGACAGAUACUCUAUAUCCUCUACACCAUGAGAAAAGUGAAAUUCCCGUUAGAGUUGGAGGAUAUUUAUCGCACUGUUUUCCAGCCUUUGCAGGUAUCUCGGCUUACUUUCCAGAAACUGGUGAGUCCGGAAUGUGCGCAGAUGAUGUCCCUACAUCCCGGGGAGGCGUAUGCCAUGCAAGGACUAACGAGAACAGAUAGGCUCGGUCUCCUCGUUUCUGGAAGAGCCCAUGUUAUUUCCGGUCAUCACUUUUUGCACCAUAUUCAAGCAAAAGAAUUCUUGGACUCGCCUGAAUUUGAAUCGAGUAGAUCUGGUGUCGAAGAGAAAUUCAAGGUUUCCAUCAUCGCCAUCAACCCUUGUCGCUGCAUUGUGUGGCAGAGGCAGAAUUUGGAAUACUUGCUCAUCAAGGAGAUGCACCUGUCGAAUAUCCUUGCCCUCCUUCUAUCUAGGGACAUAACCAGAAAGCUCUAUGCUAUGAACGAAAAGAUGGUCACAGAGAGAGGUUCCCAUCUGGAUAUCCGCCUUCCCAGUUUCACUGGAUCAUUGGCAUUUUCGCAAGAAGAAACAUCAAAGAAGAAGCCGGAGUCUGUUUUUGGAAGUAAAGAAUUUCCCAAACCAUCCAGUGCAACGGGACACACAAGACCCCUUGCAUCGGAAUAAAGAAGAAGAAACCAAAGAAACAUAAAUAAAUAAACUUUUGAGAUCAGAGGAAAAUAUGGAAUUGUUUCUUACAAGAAACCUUAAGCAAUGAUUCCAUUUUGGUUUAUCCAUCGAAUUUACUUUCAGAUAAAAUAUAGUUAUUCAGGGUAACUUUGAUUCCCAGUUCCUUUAUUUUUAACUGCUUCACUCGUAUUUUAACAGUGUAUUAUUCUGCCAAGGGCAAUUAAAGGGCAGUAUCUGCAGAAAUGAGAUUUUGAGAUAUUUGUAGAAACGCGUUUUAGAUUCCAUACUAAAAAAAAAAGGAAAUGAUGGAGUAGGACGCUUUUUCGGGCUUUUUUUUUCCAGCGGAAACCAAUUAAGUAAGCUUAUACAGUGGUAGUCAAAAUUAUAAGGACAAAGGAAAAACCACCAAUUCUUCGCUGCAUUUGGUUGGAAAGUUAUGCAAAUUUUACAACUUGUAACUAAUGAUAAAGCGAGGAUUUUUAAUUACUUUUAUUGGAAAUACAUAGGAGUCUCGUAUUCACGUAAUGAAGUUUGAAUUUAAACAUCCCUAUAAUAUGGACAAAACUAUAAGGACAAUUAGAUUUGUGUGUUCUUAAAAGCAAAAUUUGCACGUUUUUCGCUCUGCAAACUGCGCUACUUAACGAUACAAAUGCUUAGUAAGCGAUCGUGGAAGGCACAUUCUAUUUUUACAGUCAUCCCUCAGGCAUAAAACUUGAAAAAAUUGAGACAAGGAAAGCGGUUGCUUGAAGAAUUUCACGACGUACUGUACGUCGAAUCGCAACAAAUUUGAAUAGAUAGAGAUCAGUCAUUUUGAGCUUUCUCAAAAAUUCCGGGAAAUAAGGUCGACCAAGACGAAAAGGUAGGGAAUCAUCGAUUUCUGUGUGUGAAACUAAUGAUGAUAAGACGAGCUUGUUCUUAAAAAGAAAAAAAAAAGAAAAAAAAAAUCAACAAGAGAUAUUAGAUUUGAACUCAAGUUAACGAUACAGUGCUCGAACUAUUCAACAUCUUUUACAAAAAGAGAAAAAAGUUUCAUUAUGUGAAACUUAUGUCAUGACAGACUCUUAAAAAAGUUCGUAAGAGACCAAGGGUUGAGCGUGCCAAAAAUGCUUUGUUAUGGGUAAAAAGUGGGAUAAUGUAAUGCUUUUCGAUGAGAAAAAGUUUAAUUAGGAUGGACUAGGUGGUUUAUGCUACAUCUGGUACGAUCUCUGACGGAAAAAAAAAUCUCAAAGCGUACGUUUGGAGGCACUUAAGUAGUGGUCUGCGGAAGUUUCGCAACGGACGGAAACCAUACCAAUAUUUUUUGUGCAGAGCAGAAUGAAUUCUGAAAUGUUGAUGUACUGAAAAAUGUUUUUUUUCUCACCAAAAUCACCGUUAAUUACGUGUUUAAACUUUUUGUUAUAGCAGAAUAAUGCCUAAUUACAUGUUUCUCAAACCUCAAAAUCAUUGCAUGAUGCUGAUUUUGUGAAAUUACUGUACUGGUCGGACAACAGGCUCAAUCCAACUUUAAUGGAAACUUAAUAAGGCAUUCUGGCACCCAAAGUAUGAAAAAAUGGUUUUCAAUAUCGAAACAAGUAAGAUCUCCUUUUCCCCAUCGAAAAAAGCCAGGAUAUAAGUUUUCAAGAACGUUCUUCAACUUCCAUGACAUCAAGACUAAUGAAAGUGAUUGAAAAAAAAAAGUGGAUAGGGGAGGGUGGCCUAAAGCGGGUAGGUUUUCGAAAAACGCUCGAAAAUUGUAGCUUUUAAAUUUUUAUCGCAACAAUUUCGGUUUUAUUUUCUAGCAGGGUUCUUGAACUUCAAAAUUUAAAAUGAUAUUUGUACUAUUUCAAACCCAGUAUUUAUUUAUUAUCAAACUUUACAAACACUUGAAAAACCCGCUUUGCCCUACCAGGGAACCAAUAGCGGGUAAGCUUAGCUAAUUGUGAUUUAGUACACUUGCCAAUCAAAUAUGAAGUUAUAAAUGAUUAAAAUAGAUGACUAGCUACCUGCCAUUAUAAAAAUAAAAAUAAAACAGUCGUAUUUAUCCAAUUUAAAGUCAGCACAGUUGUUUAUAACACAUAAAGAAAUUACUGAUUAAAUUAAUAGACUAAUUAAUAGCCAUCCUAAAAAAUAACUUUUUAAAGUUAUACUUAUCCUAUUAAAAUAGAAAAUCUAAGUCAACACAUGAGUCAAGAAAUUAUAAAUUAUUACAUUAUUAAAUCCUAUACCCGCCUUGCCUGAAGGCACGUUUUUUAUUUCAAUAAUUAUAAACUUAAAUUUAAAAAACAAGAAGUGCUGUCUAGAACUAGACGAGCCUACUUUCCCGUAUACCCAUACUACUUUCUAGUACCUGUUCAAUAUUCUCAAAAAUAGCUAAAGUCGCAAAUUUUUUCAAACAUAUUUUUAAAAUACUUUAAGCUGAUUUCAAGGAAUAAAAUAUUCCUCAUUCAUCUAAAAAAAUUAGAUGCGUAAAAAAAAAAAAAAAAAAAAAAAAAAAAAAAACGAACAAAUAAAAUAGCAGCAAUUUUUAAACAAAGCAGCUAAUACACUUUUUUCCAUUAAAAAAAUCUUUAACAGCUUUCAAAACGAAAAAAUAAUAAUUAAAAUUAAUGAGCUCAUUAAAAUAAAUAUAUCAUAUCAAAAAAAAAUCGUCUUUUUCCCCUUUUGCCAAAAACAUUUUUUUAAAUGAAUUAAUGCACUUACAAAAAAAAAAAAAAAACCUUAAAGAAAUAAUUUUUAUUGUCCAAAAAAAAAAUCGUCUGCGCAUAUCUUUAUGUAGAAAUAUAAAUGACUUCGAGUUCAUUCGCCGAAAACUGAAUACCUAAAUUAAAACUUUAGCGUAAAAAUAAAAACAAGUCAGAUCAACAAUAAUUAUUUCACAGUUAAAACCAUAGCUGCGGAGUCGGAGUCGAAGUCAAUCUCAUUUUGAGAUAAAGGAGUUGGAGUCGAAUAUUUAAGAAUCGGAGUCAGUCAUUAGUCAUUUGUGUAUUAAUUUUUUGCCAAAGCUACGAAGUCAGAGUCGAAGUCGGGGAGUCGGAGUCCGAUUAAUUAUCGGGCACAGGAGUCGGUGUCGGAGUCAAGUGCCCCUAAAUUCUCGGAGUCGAACUCUGGAGUUCGGCGUCAAGAGUUAUUUCCAGCAAAAUUUGUUUGAAGUAAAUCCGCCUUCAAGUACGGAAUCUACAUUGACUUUCAGUUUCCCCGUAGGCGCUAUUGUUAAGGGAUUUGAACAGUUCAAAAUUGAACGAAAAAUUGUUCAAAUCAAAAAGAUAUUUUACAUACAAGUUUUUCAUCAAAAGCUUUUUCCUACAAAAUUUGUUUGAAGCAAAUUCGCCUCACAGUUCCGAAUUGCCUUUAAUUUCCCCGUAGACGCUAAUGUUAAGCUUUUUUGAACUGUUCAAAAUUGAACAAAAAAUAGUUCAAAUCAAAAAGUAAAAUAUGUGAAUGAGGUGUCCUCGCCGAGAUCUUUCGAACAAAAAAAAGUUUUUUCGAAUCGGACUAUUCAUUCAAAAGUUAUUAGGGGGGGGGGGCAGACAGACAGACAGACGGACCGACAGACAGACCGACAGACAUUUUUCCCCAUCUCAAUACCCUACUUUCCAAUUCUUAAUUUUUCGAUAUUUACUUAAUUAUUUUUUACAUUUUUUUGUUUUUCGCGAUAUUUUUAAGAUGCAUUGAGCCUUCUUUCAUGCUUUUUUCUUCUUUUUCUCACUUUUACUGGGAAAGUAGGCUAAAAAGAAACAAACGAAAUGACUAUCGUAGUUUGUAGGUGGAUGGUGUGAGAAUAACGUACCACCAAAAAAAUAAGCUGGUGUUCGACUAAUCACAAGUUACAAAACUUAUUUUUUGUUUUUUUAAAUUUUAAGCCUGGUUGCGCAAUGCCGCUUCACUGCUGCUUCGUUGGAACUCUCCGAGGGCCCUCUGUACCUGUCAUGCAGUGACUAUACCAGAGCUCCGUCGUUGGGACUGAUAAAACUCGGGGUGUUCAUGUAAACACGACAUACGUAUGCAUCGCCGCUUACACACCAUACUAGGGUUUAUCAGGGAAAAAUGCUCGUUGUCCUUGUAAUUUUGUUCAGUUUUAACAAUGACAUUUUUUUAUUAAUCACGACAAUACAUUUAUAAUUCAUAUUUUCAAAUUUUCUGCAUGGCACAAUGAUUUCUAGCAUAAAGAGGUAUUUUGUGCAUAAAUUUCACUGAAUUAUUUAAGAAAUAUAUAUAUAUAUUUUUGUGCAAUUUUUCUGAUGUCCUUAUAAUUCUGACCACCACUGUACAGUAAAGAUAACGUACAGUAGAUGACAAAAGUGUUAAAUAAUGAAAAAUGAGAAAUUUGCAGUUACUGCCUUUUACCUGCCCACUCCUUAAGUAUUGUAUAGUUAACCGAAGUUAAGAAAUACUAAUUGUGGAAACUAUUUAAAAUGAAUUAUUAACCUGAUUUAAAGUUAUCCUGCUACUUAGAGUGACUUUGAACCAUGUGAGAAAUUUGAUGUUAAAAAAAGUGUUUUAAUAAAAAUAGCCCGACUUUGCACAAGAAAUAUAUAAUUUCUGGAUGUUUGAAAAAUGUCAUUUUUAUUUCAUAGCACCACAAGAUUUCUAUGAUGUACAAAUGUACUGUACUGUACUGCAUAGAAUAUUAUAAUGUACGGUGGUGGGAGAUUUCAACAACUUCAAAAUCAGCACUCUCAAGAGUGAUUUACAAACAGUUACUACAGAACUGUAAGAUUGUACAGUUGACUGUAUAUAGUGUUGCCAACUUAUUUUGAAAAAUAAAGAAAAAAAUAGUAUUAUAACUGUUGCCAUAUUAUUAAAAAAAAUACCCACAUUAGUUUUUAAAUCUACAGGGUGAUGCAACAAGAAUGGUGGAGCGAUAUAUAGUAUUUCUAGUGAAGCGUGUAUAGUAUUUCUAAAAGCAAAAAUUAUACGAAACACUUUUUUUUUUCUUUACGUACUUUAAUCAUUUUAAAGAUAUUUCUUUCUCCUGUGAUCUGAACGGUAUCCAACCUGUAUUCAAACUCUUGCCAUACACGUUGUAGCAUGUACAGUACAUAUAGUCACAUAAGCAUUUGCUGCAUUGAUUCGGUUUUUCUGUUCGUCAAAAUUAGCAGGCAAGGCCACCCAUAAAAUAAAACCACAUGGUGUUAGGUCAGAUGAUCUCUAAAAAGGGCAAUUGGUUUUAUACACUUAAAAAGAAAUAAAAUUGAAUCACUAUCGAUUUCUCAUUGCAACAAUUUUUCUUUUCAAUUACAAGAAAGAGAAAACGAACAAAGACAGUGUAGUAUUUUUGCUUGUACUAAACAGACUGAAAGCAUGCGGUAAAUACAAGAUAAAGGAAAAGCAACAACAAAAGAACUUUCAAAAUACUGAAUUCGGGACUAAAUAAUAAUAUGCAAGAUAUAAAGCAGGUAAGUUACAAAAAGUAUCCCAAGCACUAUGAUGCAGAAGAGUGAGAACUAUGAUUUUUACAUUUUUUUUUAUGUAGGAUGUAGCAAGGAGCUGAUUUUGGCACAUUUUACACCCCUCCCCCAUUGGUAAAUGAAAUCCAACACUGAACUCCACUAUUCUCUUUGAAUCAUCCUGUACCAUUCAUUAAACGUGUAGGAGGCUUUUCUUCUCCAAAAUUGUCACAUAAAUUCGAAAGUAAAAUUUUUUUUGAGAAUCUUUUCAUGCGAACCACUAAUUUCAGCUCUUUAAAAUUGCGAAUUUGAAAUAUUUUUAUUGUUAAUGACGUUGAAACACUAACUUUGCUCGGGACUUAUAAUAAAAACGUUAAAGUUUUAAUAUUUUUUAAAUAUUGUCUUCAAAGUUUCCGCUGAAAACUUGAUUAAGACUCAUGAAGAAGUACACUUUAACAAUGUUAGUUAUUUCCUAUCACAGUUGGUUUGUUGGUUAGAUUACUUUUAAUAGUUAUUGUUAUUGUUUUGUUAUUUUUUUCAAUUUGAUGUGAGCAAUUUAAAUUUUUUAAUGAAUAAAUAAUUAAUAGGGUGCAAUGAUUCUUAUUUUAAACACUGAUAAGAACACUUAUUACCCCAGGAUCAAGUAUCCUUAUACGAAGGAUAUUUACUUGUUGACACUUUUCUUUAAAAUAUUUUAUUCUAAUACACAAAUUUGAAUACGACAUAACAUAUUGAUUUGCUAAAGACUGUUAUAAGUAUGUAACGGGAGAUCGUUUAGUUCCAUAGAUUCAAGUAAAAGUUAUGUACGUCGGAAAAUUUAUUGCUUGUUUAAAAUAUAUGUAAAUAUUAAAGCUAUAAAUUUCUUUCUACA